AUGAGUGUCCAACGGCAAAAGCUGGUGCUAUUUGGAGCUGCUGCAGCUGUUCGUUUGCUCCUCUUCACGGCUUUCCCAGCGCUACCCGACAUCUUGACUGGACGCGUCGAAGUUUCCACACCGGUGUCAAGUUUCAAGCGAUUACAGGAGGGCCUCUUCCUAUACAAUCACAAUGUGUCUCCAUACGACGGCGGCGUAUACCACCAAGCGCCACUACUACUUCCAAUUUUCAAUCUGUUACCGAAUGCAACCACGUAUCCAUUCUUUACAAACUUGAUGUACAUCAUAGUGGACCUCAUGGGUGGUCAUAUGAUUAUGAAGCUUGCUGAGACCGGCGAGUCUACAUCUUCCCGAUUAUACGUUUCCCCCAGAAGUGAACUUCGAUGGAGCAGCAUCUCGAUCGGGGCUGGUUACUUGUUUAGUCCAUUCACGCUCAUCUCAUGCAUAGCACGACCAACAACCGUUUUCGCUAACCUCUUCAUGCUUACAGCCAUUGCUGAGGCCGCUAGGGGCGCAAGUGCCACCUUUAUACUCGCCUUGUCCUUUGCUUCGUAUAUUUCGCUCCAUCCAAUAUUACUCUUCCCACCACUUGCGAUGCUCGUAUAUGAUGUCCAUUCGAAGAGGACUAAGAGAUCUAUAAGCCCUAUUGCUUUCAGUGUCCGCUACAGUCUAGCGGUCUGUGCUACGAUAGGGGGCUUAUUACUCGUCUCGUAUCUGCUUACAGGGUCCUGGGAAUUCCUGGUAGCGACAUAUGGCGUUCGUCUCCUAUUGCCGGACCUUACUCCGAAUGUCGGUCUUUGGUGGUACUUCUUCAUAGAAAUGUUCGAUUCCUUCCGCGGAUUCUUCCUCGGGGUUUUCUGGUUGCACAUGGCAUCCUAUGUGGGCGGUCUAAGUAUACGUAUUCGCAGGCAGCCUCUCUUCGUUGCUGUGACGAUGACUGGUAUCUUUGCAGUCUUUCAACCGUAUCCAAGUAUUGCCGACAGUGCCCUAUACCUUGCUCUGGUUCCUCUGUAUCGUCACGUGUUUCCUCUCAUGCGGUACACAUUCCUAUCAUCAGCUGCGAUCAUAUAUACUUCCUUCCUCGGGCCAGCUUUCUAUCAUCUAUGGAUCUAUGCGGGCUCUGGAAACGCAAACUUUUUCUAUGCAAUCACUUUGGUAUGGAGUCUUGGCUUGUCAGUCGUUGUCGUUGACUCCAUCUAUGCUGUAUUGCGAGACGAGUGGGAGCUGGAGAGACCAGAGAUGAAAGGUCAAGAAGUCCGUAUGAUAUAA